AUGCUCCGCCUCUCCCUCAAAGUCCCAUACGCACCGCGAUCGCACCGCCGAGGCUCCGAGGCCUCCGAAAACGACAGCCGCCUGCAGUCACUAGAGCUCUGCUUUCACGACGACUUCGCCCCCGAUGAUGCGCAGCCCAUCUCCCUCCACUUUCGAUCGAACGACACGACAUGCUUCAAGACGUCGCUGGUGUAUCCGACCCCGACGCCGCCAUGUUAUAUCCACGAGCUGGGGGCCAUCAUGGACUUGACCACGCCGUGGGGACCAGAGAUGGAGGAGGAAGAUGACGCUUCCAUCUCGGAUCGAGAGGCGUCACCAGAUGGGAAUGAGGGACCUGCAGUAUUGUCUCUGUCACAACGCUUGGGGUCGCUAUACGGUUCGAUAUUCUUCUGUGGGAUGGGGAUGAUGCUUCUGGUGGGAUUGGGGAUGGCCGCGCUGUGCUUCACGCCGUGCUUCACGCCGUGGCUUCGACCACCACAGUCAUCACCAGAGUUCGUUUUCCGUCACAAUGUCUCGGCGAAGAACGUCUCCCUCGCAUUACACCGUCAAAUCCUCCAGCUCGAGCACCUCCGCAUCUCGUCGGUCCAAGACCUCCUCUCUUACGCAAAGGUCGAACGAGACCCGGACUUCCACGAAGUUUCCUCCCUCAUCGAAGCCCUCUGCCAGACCACGAUCCACAUCACGAGCAUCCAGAAAGGCCACCGCGACGAGGAGGCCGAGAUGGCGUGCAGCUCCCUCAUCUGGCACUCCACGAUCAUGAAGUCCCACUGGCGUUCCGUCGGCGCCGAGACGCUCCACGACUGGCCCAACAAGACGCUCAACGCGUUGCGGCGCACUCACAACGGAAUCGAUCCCGAUUCGGGGACUCGGCGGGUGGCCUGGGUGUACAAAACCCUGGAAGACGCAGACUGGGUCCGGUCGUGCAAGUUCUGCGAGUGGGAUGCACACGGGGUUCGCGGGUGGCACUUUGCCUGCGAGGAGAGCUUUCGCGCGCUGCUGCCGGCCUACACCACCGACGUGCCAGACGACGUGACCGAGAGGGCCAGAGAGUACCUGGGCGACUGGGCCGAUCGGCACACCCGCCGGCGCGCCGAGACGAUGCGAGAUCCCGGAUGGAGCGUCAAAGGCGGUCUCGACGGGCAUCCGAUCGACUCGUGUCCCGAAAUCACGAACCACAAACUUGGGGUCGAGGACAGUAUUGUCUCCGUCGCGCGGCACAUGUUUGAGAUGAGGGCGGACUUUCGGCGGCUCGCCGUUUUGCUGCAGAAACACGGGCUCGCUCCGGGACUGCGGCGGCUCCACCCGGACAGCCGAGCCUCCGCGCACCCCACUCCAAUGCCGACCGUGUCUCCACAGGCACGGGCGACGGCGACCCACACCGAUUCGCCGAUGUACCGGAUGAGACGCAUAUUCCGGGACAGCCUCGGUAUGGGAGAUGCUCCGUCCAGCUCCGCCAUGGAUAAAUACAUAGCAACCAUCGACUCGAACGCAGUCAAGCUGUCCGUCAUCUUGGACAGCCUGGAAGACUUUGAGCGCGCACUCGCACGGGCAGCGCUGGGCCACGUCAGCGCGUGCACGCUCGGGAGGGACUUGUGGAAGUACCUCGGCGCCUUGAACAAGGGUAUGGAACCAUCAGCCUGGGACGUGGCUGUUGAGGGCGCCUCUCCCGCGGCGGCGGGGACGCCCCAGACGGUCACCCUCCAGGUGUCGUAUACGAGCUAUACGAUGGACCCCGUCGAAGCGGCUGCGAGGCUGGCGGACGGGGUCGCUCAUCUGUCGUCCGCGUUCCCUCCGUUUCCGACGCGCACGCCGGUAGUCUUCGAGAAGGACGAGGACGUUGACGCCGAAGAGGUGCUGCGUCAACACCCGUGGAUGCGGGACUUGAUGGACUUUCAGUACGCGUUAUCGAAGGUGGCUGAAGGGGAUGACCUAAACGCAACGAUGCAAACACGGGAGGGAACACUUUUGCGCACGGCGACACGCGGGGAGGAUGGAUGA